UGACAUAUUUUUCAAUUUUCAUCUCCGCAUUAUAAUUUGCUUGUUUUGUAGUAUUAAAAGUUAUUAUUAUACGACAAUAAUACAUUGACACACCUUGUCACAAUGUUUAGAAAUUUAAUGAAAACGCUUAGAAUAGGAUAUCCGUCUCGUUAUAUUCGCCAAGGAAUAGCUUACAGGUAUAAUCAAGCAAAACAAUAUAGCGUUUUAUCACAUACCUUCGGAUCUAGAAACCGCAAAGAAUCACUCUUUAAAUCAUGUCAAUGCAGAACAAUGUUUAUCCAGACUCAAGACACACCGAAUCCAAACAGUUUAAAAUUUCUACCUGGUACGAAAGUUCUGGAACCUGGUCAAACACUUGACUUUCCUAAUAUUGGCGCUGCACAAUGCAGUCCGUUAGCAAAAAUGAUUUUCCGCAUUGAAGGUGUGAAAGCAGUAUUUUUUGGUCAUGAUUUUGUUACUGUUACUAAGCAAGAUGAUGAUAUUGAAUGGAAGUUACUUAAACCCGAAAUAUUUGCAACAAUAAUGGACUUCUUUGCUAGUGGCUUGCCAAUUGUAACUGACGCCAAACCAUCAGGAGAUACUCAAAUAAAUGAAGAUGAUGAUGAAAUAGUGCAAAUGAUCAAAGAAUUACUUGAUACAAGAAUCAGACCAACUGUACAAGAAGAUGGUGGUGAUGUUCUGUUUGUGGAUUUUAAAGACGGAGUGCUCAGACUCAAGAUGCAAGGCUCUUGCUCAUCAUGCCCCAGCUCUAUUGUUACUUUGAAAAAUGGAGUACAAAACAUGAUGCAAUUUUACAUACCUGAAGUCCUAUCUGUUGAACAAAUAGAUGACGAUGGAGAGAAACUCAGUGAGAAAAUAUUCAAAGAAUUUGAACAAUUGAAAACAAAAGAGAAAAAUGAGUAAAACAAAGUUAUGGAUCUAUUAUAAUUA